GCAAUGGAUCAGCGGAAUAAGUGCUUCGUUCCCCACGAUCUUCGCCCAAUUUUGGAAGCGUUGGCGCGUGAAGUACUCCGAAGUCAACCAUCGGAUGUGGCCGAGUUUGGCCACAUGUUUUUCGAUGAGUACUUGAAACAUCGCAGAGAAAACAGGAACAUUCUAAAGGAUCCAGCGGCUUACGAAGUUUUCCGUGCUGAUCUCCAGAAGAAGUUUGCUGAAGUUGAGCGACCAGCCAGUCCAAUGGACACUGCCGCAACUAAAAUUCAAGCCGCUUUCAAAGGACACUUGGUCCGCGCUCACCCAGAAAAGUAUGGAAUGAGCACUAGAACUUCUUCUUCUGAGAAGCUUGAUUCUGCCAACAACAAGAAAGAUCAAAAGCGUCAUUCCGUGGGAGGUUACACCAUUGAUGUGGACACUCCGGAAGACAGAGCCGCGACCAAGAUUCAAUCUGAAAUUCGCGGAUUUCUUACUCGCAAGCACGUUGAUAAGAUGAAGAAGGAGGAUACUGACGCGGCAACUAAGAUUCAGGCACAUAUUAGAGGCUUCUUGACACGAAAACACUUGGACGAACAGGGCCUAUCUCCAUCCAGAAGUCACUCUUCCCUUCAAUCCGACCAUUCUGAUCACAACUAAAAAAACCAUAUUCGAAAUUUUUUCACAGCGCAGACUUUCCAACGAAUUCAUGCCCAGAGAUUAAUAUUAUUUCUGUCUUCAAAUUUUCUAACUUUUAUUUUUCUAACUUCCUAUCGUAUACACUCGUCGUCAUUAUCUCUUAAUAAAUAAACCAACAAACAA